AUGAAGUUAUUAUCGUCUAUAGUAUUAGGGAUAUCUAUAACUUCCCUUACACAAGCUAUACAAUGGUAUCCAUUAAAUAGUAAAGAAGAGAUUCCUACUGACAUAACACCAUUUCAAAAAGGUCAAGAAUUUCAGUUUGAUUGUAUUCAAAGAAAUAUUGAUAAUGGUGAACACAAGUUUGAUGAAAAGGAACGUAUAUUAUAUGGUCCAUUCCCAAAAUGUAAAGAAACAUCAAAACCAUUAAGUUUCAAAUAUGGAGUUAAUGAAGAUGUGAAUUGUACUAUUCAAUUCACUGAUGAAUUAUAUCAUUUGUUUCAAUUAUACGUUCAUGAAGAUGCCCCUUUCAGUUGUAGACUUCCACUUUCAUCUGAACCAUUAUCCAUAGAAAAAGGAGGUGCAUUCAUUCCAUUUACAUUUGCGUUCAGAGGUGAGGUUCAUGAAGCUCAUUUAGAUAUAGACUACUCCAUGAAUGUCCUCAUUACCAAACCAUCCAACAAUGAUCCAGAUCAGUACACGUUUAUUAGUGCCAUAUCCUAUGGAUCAGGUACUAAUACUUCAAGAAUUGUAAUUGGGGAUGAAUUAACUUUGAAUUUUGCUGUUAGAUGGUUUGAUCAUUUAUCUGUUGCAAAUUCAAAGGCUGCAGAAUUUAAAGAGAAUGGUUUACCAUAUACUGAUGGAUUCUAUAAAAUACCGAUGAAUUAUAUUCCUAUAAGUUACACUAUGCUUUACUUUUAUGUGGCACUUGCAUGUAUUGUUAGUGGUGUCGUGGUCAUUGUUGGUAGUUACAAUUGGCUCAGUGUCAAAUUUACAAAGAACAAGUAUUUGCAUUUGGAUAAUGAAGCUGUUGCUAAAAGAGACUAA